AUGACGUUCGCAAAACAAUUCAUUCUCAUGCAACGCGUCAAGGAUAUCUCCGCAAGGGGGACUUCCAAGAUUGCAGUUCCAAAGGCUGUGGAGCCGUUGGCCGCAAGUGAGAAGCUUGAGGCUGCGCUUGUGACCAUUGCCGAUGCAAUCGUGGAGCAGGAGAACCUGUUGCGUGGAUUGGCACUACGAAUCCACCAUACGGCACGAGUGGCAGAACGACUCUUCAAAAAGGGGAAUACCACCAUGACAGUGGCCACCAUGCGCAAGGUAAAGUCGAUUCAACAAGAGUACGUUCAUGUUCUUAGAGUCGUGAAUGCUCUGAAAGAGUACGAAACCUAUGUCCAGACUGGGCUGUUGAGUACGAAGCAUGUUCCAAAGGACGUUGAUGUGAUCAAGUCGGCUCAAAACACCAAGGCUUCCAAAUACAAUGACACUGAAAUCUUGUCUCAGGUGGCGGCCAAACAGUUCUUUCCCAUCAUGGACUCGGCCGGGGCCAUUUCAUACAGUAGAGAGUCUCCUUUCAGCGAAUCAGAUCAGCCAGAAGCCAACACUGUGGUGACGUCUGCUGCCUAG